AUAGAAAUAAUCGGCGAUACCGUACGUUUAUGAGAUUACCCGGGUGAGAUUGCCAAAGGGUUUUGAGGUUUUUGGUUUUGGUUGAAGCUCCCUCUUUCAAUUACCAAAAUCCAACGAUUAAUUCUGAAUUUCCUUCGAUUCCGUUAUAAAAGCAUAAACGGUUGUGUUUGAGUUGAGAAUGGGUCCUCGACAGUGUCAAGUCUGCGACCAAGCUCAGUCCAAGUACAAGUGCCCUUCAUGUUACUUACCUUAUUGUUCCCUUGUCUGUUUCAAGAAACACAAAGAAUCUCCAUGUGUCAAGCCGCAACCAUCAGAGGCCAAAACAACUGCUGUUUCAGAAUCAAUUGUAGAAAAGCCAUUAGUUGUCAAUGAAACAAGUCAUGUGUUGCAAAAAUUCCAACUGGAGGCCAUAGCCUCUUCCAGUGAGAUUCGUGAUGCUUUGAAUGAUAAGUCUCUUCAAGAACUAAUUUGCCAUAUUGAUUGUUCCUCAAAUGCAGACAAUGAACUUGAUAAAGCUAUGGCAGAGGAGGCAUUUCGGUUGUUCACUGACAAGAUUUUAUCAACCAUCAACCCCUAACUGCUAGCACUGGUUGCUGAAAGAAGAUUUUGUGGAAUAUAAAAGGAACACCCGAUAAGCCUCCGAAUUUUGCAAGUUUUGGUUAAUAUUUCUUUUUCAUUUGUACAGCUUUAAUUUACCUGUGAUUCAGCUUUUGAUGUAUGAUAAAUUUUGUAUCUUGAUUGAGGCAUUGUAUUGGUAAAGAGAUUGAUUUGAUACCUAGAUUUUGCUAGUAAAUCUCAAACUGUCCAGUGUUGCCUUUGAGUUUUGACUCUCUUGAAUUAUCGGGUUACAUUUUCAUUCAA